CUGCCAUGUUUUUUUUUUCUUUUUGGGUGCCUUGUUUUAUUCUUGUGAACAGCAAAGCAUCGUAUAUUCUUUCUUUCGAUUUCUUUAUUAUUCUACUUCAUACAAAACCUUGUCUUUCAAUGACAAUCCGAGUCUAAAUUAUGAUACAGCUCUCACCUUACUCGGAACGAGUCGUUGAUCGCAUCAACAUGAUCGCCAUGUGGAUUGCCGUCGCUGUAUGCAUUCGUAACUUUCUCGUGUGUCUAAGACAGUACCGGCGAACUCGUGGCAAAAUUCAUAUAGUGAACAUGACUCAGGUUGCUGUAUUUUUUGUUCAUCGACUUAUUUUCGGGUUGAUCCCGCUUUUCGAACUCUCUGCUUGUGCCAUUUUCCCUCUUCUAAUAUCAUUAUGGCAUAUUGGUCGGUAAAUAGAGGAACGAGCCAUUCCAUCUGGGAGCUCGCUGAACCUCACUAACCGAAAAAGAAUCGCUCCAUCGCUAACGAGACAUUGUGUCUUUCUAAACAGUGUAUCUACUAUUUUAUACCGUCAUGUUUAUGCGUUUAAUUAUUUUGGAAUCCGAUCGCCACUCUUUGUGGAUCAAAGUGGUGGGAAUUGCGCUUAUUCUAGUUCGAUUCGCCGAUUGGCCGUACGAACUUUGGUUGCAUUCAACCUAUCAGCAUGAGCUGGAAUUGAAACAAGCGGAAGGUAUCUCCUGCUGGGCAGAAUGGAAUGACGUUGUUAUUAUUCUUAACUUUGUGGGCGAUGCAUUGGCGAAUUUAUUCUUGAGUGGCAUGUUUGUGCGAAGGU